AACUACAGCAGCAUCAACAACAACUACAGCAGCUCCAACCACAACCACAACAACAGGAGCACCAACAACAACCAUGACAGUUCCAACCCCAACGACAGCAGCACCAACUACAACUAGAGCAGCACCAACCACAACAACUGGAGCACCAACAACAACCACAGCAGUUCCGACCACAACCACAGCAGCUCCAACCACAACUGUAGCACCAUCAACUACCCCAACAGCUCCAACCACAACCACAGUUGCUUCAACAACAAAGACAGCAGCUCCAACCACAACCACAUCAGCUCCAUCCACAACUACAGCAGCUUCAACAACCACAACAGCUCCAACCACAACAAGAGCAGCUCUGACCAAAACCACAGAAGGUCAGACACUCUCUACCACAGCACUUCCCACAGGCACACCUGUCACAAGCACAAUGUCUACCACAUCAAUGGCCACAGGCAUACUCUCUACCACAACGCCUGUCACAGGGACACUGUCUACCACAGUUACUCCAUCAAUAACCACAGAAGUAGGCCAAACGACAACUACAGUUCCUCCCGGUGUGUGUGCUUCAAACCCAUGUCUUUUUGGAAGCACUUGUGAAGAACGUGAUAACCAGACUUACGUGUGCUUGUGUAUGGCUGGUGAAGUUUAUGGUCCUCAAGGUUGUCAAAAUGACUGGUGGUUGAUCCUUGUGAUCGUUUCCUCUAUACUCGGAUGUCUGCUCUUCGCCUUGGCGAUCAGUCUGCUCGUGGUAGUAAAAAAAUUCAGGAAGAAAAUCUUCAAGCGUGAAGAGGAAGAUAUUUGGAGACCCUACCAAAACCCUGCUUUUGACAAGGGUCCACCAUCCUACAGCAGCAUCAAUGGCUUUUCUGGCUGGGUCAAAGAACCAGCGAACAGCCUGGUAAAUUCUGCGGCCCCACGAAUCCCACGGGCCAAACUCAGCAACAACUGGGUCAGCAGGCCCAGCUCUCAGCUGACUCCGAGCAACAGCCGACAAAACUUGAUUGCUUCAGGAAUGAACUCGAAAUUCAGCAACAUCCAAGAUGACAUGUUUCCAUUCUCCCAGAGUCCACCCAGGAACAUUCCCUACGAGGAGGUCCAAGCCAGAAGCAGCCCUUAUCACCAACUCCGAGCCAAAAACCCUUACGACAAGGCCCAAGGCCAGACCAGCCCUUACUUAGUAAUAACCUAAAAAAGCAAAAAGAACUGGAAUCAUUUCAGGGGAUCCUUCAGUGAUAGUAUAAUAUGUUAUAUAUAUGAAGUAUAUAAUUACUAAGUCCAGAGUCACCCAAACUCUCAUUUCCGUAUGUUAUCUAAACAUAAACACAUCAUUUUUAUGUUUAUCCUCACUGAGUUUACAGAUGAGGAGUUCUUACAGUUUUUUUUUUUUGUUGUUCAUGUAUGAUUUUACUGAAGUAUCUUUAACCAUAAUCUCAGUCUCACUUUAUGUUUAAGCAUUGGUAAAUGACAUGAGCUGAAAAUUUCUCCAAAUGUAUUUAUUUAUUUAUUUUUGGUCAAUUUUAACCUUUAUGUGCAAAAGUAAGAAAAAAAGAAGAAAAAAACUGCUGAAAAAAUAAAACAAAACUAGAACAGAGAUAGAUAAAUAUUUAAAUUCUUGUCAAUGGCAAGAACACAAGGGAUCCAAAGUGUGCACUGAAUAAAAGUGUAGAAGCUUAUUCAACUUCACUUGUUUUAAAUACUUACAGCAUCAUCAAAAUCAAAACAGCAAAAUAUUUCCUGUAUACACACAUAUCUCCAAGGUAUUCCAGCUAAGUCUGUAGAAAACCUGUAAAACAUAAUCAAACCAUAUUGUAUUUGCUUAGCAAAUGAGUUGUAUAUAUAUUAUUUAAUGAAUGAAAAA